UUUCACCCCUGAAUGAAGGAAAGGAAGUCCCCUGCCUUCUCUCACAGUUGUCUCCAGUGUUCCUGGCAAGCUUUGCAAAGUAGCAUGUGCUGCUUCAGAAAAUGGGAAUGGUGUCUGGUCCUGGAACUGCUACUCCUCCUGCCUCUGAUAACAGGACUUCCAGAUCAUUCAGGAUCAAAAGAAAUUGCUACAACUGGCAGCAACAUAACCCUGCAAGCCUUAAAGAAACAGCUUGGACCCUACAAAUAUCUCACCUGGCUUUACACUACCAAACAGAAGAUUUUAGAAUAUGAGUAUAACGGUACAGAGACUAUCUUUGAUUCUGUAUUUAAAGGUAGGGUCAAACUUAACCUUACAAGUGGUGCACUUCAUAUCUAUAAUGUCAGUAAAGAAGACAAAGGUGACUACUACGUGAGAGUGUUGGAUGAAAUGGAGCAAGAGUACCCCAUAACCCUGGAUGUAUUUGAUCCUGUGUCCAAGCCUCUCAUAAAAUUUGAGACUAAAGAUUUGCCUGGCUCUUGUCAUCUGAAGCUAUCAUGUAAGACAGAGCAACAGAAUGUUGAGUACACUUGGUAUGAUGACUCUGGGUCUCUUCCCAAAGACGGUACAGGAGAUGUGCUCGAAAGAAUCGUCACUCCACAGAACAAGUCUACAUUUUACACCUGCGAAGUCCGCAAUCCUGCAAGCAGCAAAAAUGACACAGUGUACUUCACUCUACCUUGUACUGUGGCCAGAUCCUCUGGAGUACUUUGGGUUGCAACUUGGCUAGUGGCCACAGUACCCAUCAUUCAUGCCAUCCUGCUGACCUGAGAUGAACUCAAGAAUGAAACUUCAAGGCCACAGGAUCCUGCCUUUAUCACUAGCAGUACUCCUACCCAGGAAAGCAGCUCUGGCUCUGUGGCACAGAAGAAAUUGUGUUGUUGAACAUUUGUAAGGGUUUGCAUUUUCUUACCAUCAUAGGGUUAAGUCCAGGGCCUUGAGAAUGCUACAGAAGUGCUGUGUCACUGACAUGUGUGCCCAUAUCUUUACAAAAAUUUGAUAGUAACCUUUCAAAAGUUGUGGUUAAUAUCUAAUUUUAUAUACACUAGUUGUUUUCCAACAUUCAUUAAAGACAAAUUCAUUAUUUUCACCAAAA